AUGGUACGAUUGUCGGGACUUCAAAAAGACGUCUUGUCCCUCUACCGACAAUGCUUAAGAGCUGUGAAGCAGAAACCAACAGAAACGCAGUCGCAUUUCCGGGACUUUGCAAGAUCCGAGUUCCAUAAGCACCGGGAUGUCGGCAAGAAGGACUUCGGUACCAUCGAAUAUCUGCUUCGAAGAGGAAGAAAUCAGCUGGAGACAUGGUCUGAGCCAGGUAUCCGAGACAUCCACAGGUAG